CGGCGUUUCGCUGUUUCCGAAUAGCGUUGUCGGCCACUAGGAAAAGAACGCUGAUCUGCUGCAAGCUUGGCUGGCCCACAGACAAAGCACAUUCAUCAGUAGCUGGGGUUGGUUUUGGCCAGCUGUUCUUUUGGCACAGUUGCUGAUUGCCUACCAUGUCCAAGUACUUCCAAGGAAACAUCAUGCUGCGUCGUCUCGCUGCCCGCUGCUACCACCAGGGCGGCGCCACCCGCGCCAUCGACAAGGUGCUGAUCGCCAACCGCGGCGAGAUAGCGUGUCGGAUCAUCCGCACGGCGCGCCGCAUGGGCGUGCGCACAGUGGCUGUCUACUCGGAUGCUGACCGGCAGGCUCUGCACGUGGCCAUGGCGGACGAGGCGUACCACAUCGGAGCGGCCGCCUCGCAGCAGUCGUACCUCCGCGCCGACCGGAUCCUGGCGGUGGCGCGGCGCGCCGGUGCGCAUGCGGUGCACCCCGGCUACGGGUUCCUCUCGGAGAACACGGCGUUCGCCGAGGCGUGCCAGGCGGCCGGCGUGGCGUUCGUCGGUCCGCCGGCCACCGCCAUCCGGGACAUGGGUAUCAAGAGCACCUCGAAGAAGAUCAUGUCCGCUGCCGGCGUUCCAGUGAUCGGCGGUUACCAUGGCGACGAUCAGUCAGACGAGAAGCUAUUGCAGGAGGCGGACAAGAUUGGCUUUCCCGUCAUGAUUAAGGCGGUCAUGGGAGGUGGUGGAAAGGGGAUGCGGAUCGCAGCCACCAGGGACGACUUCCACGCUCAGCUGGAGUCGGCCCGGCGCGAGGCGAUGAAGGCCUUCGGUGACCAGGUGAUGCUGAUCGAGAAGUUUGUGGUGGAUCCGCGCCACGUCGAGGUCCAGGUUUUCGGCGACCAGCACGGCAACUACGUGUACCUGCACGAGCGCGACUGCAGCGUGCAGCGGCGACAUCAGAAGAUCAUCGAGGAGGCGCCGGCCCCGGGCCUGUCGGCCGACACGCGCCGCGAGCUCGGCGAGGCGGCCGUGCGCGCCGCUCGCGCCGUCGGCUACGUGGGGGCCGGCACCGUCGAGUUCAUUCUGGACGCCGAGCACCGGUUCUACUUCAUGGAGAUGAACACGCGCCUGCAGGUGGAGCACCCCGUCACCGAGAUGAUCACCGGCACGGACCUGGUGGAGUGGCAGCUGCGGGUGGCGGCCGGCGAGCGGCUGCCGCUGCUGCAGGAGCAGGUGCCCAUGCGCGGCCACUCGUUCGAGGCGCGGGUGUACGCCGAGGACCCGCGCGCGGGCUUCAUGCCAGGAGCCGGCCCGCUGCUGCACCUCAGCGCGCCCCGACCUGGACCGGACGUCCGCGUGGAGACCGGUGUACGUCAGGGCGACGAGGUGUCGUUCCACUACGACCCCAUGAUCGCCAAGCUGGUGGUGUGGGCAGAGGACCGCCAGCUGGCGCUGCGCAAACUCCGGCGGUGCCUCGCCCAGUACGCGAUUGUCGGUCUCAAUACGAAUAUUAACUUCCUUCUGGAGCUGGCGGCCCACCCCGAGUUUGUGGCCGGCAAUGUGGACACGGAGUUCAUACCUCGCCAUCACGAUCAGCUGUUCCCACCGGAAGCCGUCUCCGAUGCGGCGUUGUGUCAGGCGGCGCUGGCGCUACUGCUGGGGGAGCGCCGGCAGAGCCUGCGGGCGGCGCUGGAGUCGCGGGACCCGUUCUCGCCGUACGUCAGCCAGCCGGGGGUGCGGCUGAACCACCGACUGCGCCGCGAGGUGGCGCUGACAGCGCCCGAUGGCACCGCUCACCCGGUCACCGUCCAGAGUGACGUCGACGGACGACACGUGAUGUCGGUGGGAGGACAGGAGUACCAGGUGUCUGGCAGCCUGGCGGAUGUCGACGGUGUUGUGACCUUGACCUCGGACAUCUCGGGAGAGGUCACGCACAUACAAGUUGUGUUGCAGCCGGACGCCGUCCACCUCUUCACCGAGGCGGGCGUGCGCACUCUGCGGCUGCCGGAGCCCAAGUUCCGGCGGGCCGGCGCGGGCGCGGCGGCCGGCGGCGACGCCGUGGCCCCCAUGCCGGGCGUGGUGGAGAAGGUGAUGGUGGCUGACGGGGACCAGGUCAGCGCCGGGGAUCCGCUGGUCGUCAUCAUCGCCAUGAAGAUGGAGUACGUGAUCAAGGCGCCGUCGGCCGGCACCGUGGAGAGUGUGCUUCACCGUGUGGGCGACAGCGUGGCCAGGAACGCGCUGCUCGUCAAGAUGCGCUCGGAGGAGGCGCCCGCGGCCGACGGCACGGCUGACGACUCGGACUAGCUCAGCGACCCUGUUACGUGUUCCAGCUCGGCUGUAGGCCUGACCGGAGACUCGGCCAGGUCACGAGCGCGGCGUGAGGCCCGGGCCAUGUCACGGGCGCGGCCUGAGGCCCGGGCCAGGUCACGGGCGCAGCCCGAGGCCCGGGCCAGGUCACGGGCGCGGCCUGAGGCCCGGGCCAGGUCACGGGCGCGGCCUGAGGCCCUGGCCCGGUGGCCGACUCAGCAUGGUGGCCUGGCCUGGUCCGCCGGCUUGGCCCGGAGCGCGGACUCGACCGCCAGGCUCACGGAUAGAUGGCUUGGCCGAAGGCGAUGUUUCCAGCCGGCCGGGAGACCCGGUCAGCUCCGACUCGGCUUGGGGCCGUGUCUGGGUCGGCGCCGGUGGAAGCCUCCCGGGGACAUACCGCUGCCGUGCACGGGCCCGUGCAGGCCGGGGCGUUGCGACAGCUGGCGCGCGCAGCUGUGACAUUGACAGUGAAUGCAGACGCCGGAACGGCGUAGGUGCGUAGCGAGGGCGCAGUUGUGAAGAAAAAGAAGUGCAUAGGUCGGCGGUGUAGGCGGAUAUGUUGUGUGGUCUUACCUGUGUUAAUGGAUGAUGUGACUUGUUAAGGUGCUGGAUAUAAAGUUAAUUUGGUGCCAGAGAGGCGCCUAGCGUAGCGGUAGGGAGCCUCUGAUUUGAUAGUGUACUGCGUACCAAAGAUAGGCUGAAAAUGUGGAAGUCCGCAAGUGCAAUACAUGGGAGAUGCGUG